AUGCCCCGAGACAUCCAAAACCACUUGCUCUUCGAGGUCGCCACCGAAGUCGCCCACAAGGUGGGUGGCAUCUACUCGGUGCUCAAGCUGAAGGCCCCAAUCACCGUGGCCGAGUACAGAGAAAGGUACACCCUAGUGGGUCCGUUGAACUAUGAGCUGGCUCAAAUCGAGGUGGAGGAGAUCCCAUUGAAGGACGGCGCCAUCAAGGCCGCUUUGGACGCCAUGAGCGAAAGAGGCAUCCGCUGGAUGUACGGCCGCUGGUUGAUCGAAGGUGCUCCCCGGGUGUUGCUUUUCGAUAUCCACCUGGCGGCGCUGAACCUCAACGAAUGGAAGGCCGACUUGUGGAGCACGGCUGGAAUUCCCACUCCUGACCACGACCACGAAACCAACGACGCCAUUUUGUUGGGUUACAUCGUGGCGUGGUUUUUGGGCGAGUUGGUCUACAACGACAGGGAGCGUGCUGUCAUCUGCCACUGCCACGAGUGGUUGGCAGGCGUGGCGUUGCCCCUCUGCAGAAAGAGGAGAAUCGACGUGACCACCAUCUUCACCACCCACGCCACGUUGCUCGGCCGGUACCUCUGCGCUGGUCUGACCGACUUCUACAACAACCUCAAGCACUUUGACGUGGACGCCGAGGCAGGCAAGAGGGGUAUUUAUCACCGGUAUUGUAUUGAGAGGAGUGCCACCCACCUGGCCGACGUGUUCACCACCGUCUCGCAUAUCACCGCCUACGAGCUGGAGCACUUGUUGAAGAGAAAGCCCGAUGGUGUGCUUCCCAAUGGUUUGAAUGUGGUCAAGUUCCAGGCCGUGCACGAGUUCCAGAACCUCCACGCCGUCAAGAAGGACAAGAUCCACGAGUUCGUCAAGGGCCACUUCUACGGCAACUACGACUUUGACCUCGACAACACCUUGUACUUCUUCAUUGCCGGCCGUUACGAGUUCCGCAACAAGGGCGCCGACUUCUUCAUCGAGUCCUUGGCCCGUUUGAACUACCGCUUGAAGCAGGCCGGCUCCAAGGUCACCGUGGUGGCCUUCAUCAUCAUGCCCGGAAAAAUCAACUCCUACACCGUCGAGACCUUGAAGGGCCAGGCCGUGGUCAAGUCUUUGGAAAGCACCAUUUCCGAAGUUCAGAAGAAGAUCGGCGACAGGCUUUUCGAGCACUGUGCCCGUUUCCCCAACAGCAACAACGUUUCCAGCACCAAUGGCCAGGAGGUGCCAUCCAUCGACGACCUCAUCAAGCCCGCAGACAGAGUGCUUUUGAAGAGACGUAUUUUCGCCUUGAAGAGAGACGGUCUUCCUCCAAUUGUGACCCACAACAUGACCGACGACGCCACGGAUCCCAUCUUGAACCACAUCCGUCGUGUGCAGCUCUUCAACAAGCCUGAGGACAGAGUCAAGAUCAUCUUCCACCCGGAGUUCCUCAAUGCCAACAACCCUAUUUUGUCGCUUGACUACGAGGAAUUCGUGCGUGGUUGCCAUUUGGGUGUGUUCCCCUCUUACUACGAGCCAUGGGGCUACACUCCUGCUGAGUGUACUGUCAUGGGUGUGCCUUCCAUCACCACCAACUUGUCUGGUUUCGGUUGCUACAUGGAGGACCUCAUUGAAAACACCAGCGACUACGGUAUCUACAUUGUGGACCGUAGACAGAAGUCCGUGGACGACUCCAUCAACCAGCUUGUUGAAUACAUGUUCGACUUUACCGAGAAGACCCGUCGUCAAAGAAUCAACCAGAGAAAUAGAACCGAGCGUUUGUCCGACUUGUUGGACUGGAAGCGCAUGGGUCUCGAGUACAUCAAGGCUCGUCAGCUCUCAUUGAAGAGAGCCUACCCCGACAAGUUCAAGAACGGCGCCAAUCCGUUCCAAAAUUCGCUGAAUUUGAAAUUGACGCGGCCAUUGUCUGUGCCUGGCUCGCCACGCUCUAAAGCCGGCGUCAUGACUCCUGGCGAUUUGGGUUCCUUGCAGGAGGCUGCUCAGGCCCUCAACACUGACGACUAUGUGAGCUUCAAGUUGGGUGAGAACGAAGACGACGAGGACGAAGACACCCACUACCCAUUGACUUUGCGCGGUCUGUCUGCGCCACCGCAGGACGAGUGA